AGCAGUCUAGAUCGAAACAACGUACGUAGAAGUCAAACGGUCAGUGCAGCAGCGCCAAUGUGAACCGGUUGCUAGGUACCAAGUCCACUCUUAGGUGUCAGUGGUGUGUGUUAGUGUCAAAGGGCGCCUAGUGCCAACCAAAAGGUUUUAUUAUGACGGUGACCUAUGGAGGUAGGGUGCCGAACGGCAGCACCUUCGGAUGCUUCUGGAAAGUGUUAGGGAUAUGGAGAGGCAGCGUAUACAAAUUAGUUUGGAGGGAAUUAGUAGCAUAUUUAGUUAUGUAUUUUUCGAUUAAUUUUAUAUAUAGGUUUGCUUUGAACGAAGAUCAACAAAGGGUUUUCGAAAAAAUUCGCACCUAUUUUAGUCAAUCUAGUGAAACGAUACCAAUGUCGUUCGUAUUAGGAUUCUAUGUGUCAUUGGUGGUGAAAAGGUGGUGGGAACAGUACAAAUUAUUGCCAUGGCCCGACACCCUUGCCCUGUUUUUGAACGCGGGGAUUCCAGGCGCGAAUGAGAGACAAAGACUGAUGAGAAGGAACAUAGUUAGAUAUGCAGUAUUAGCUUAUGUUAUAACACUUACAAGAGUGUCCUUAAGGGUGAAAAAGAGGUUUCCCACUUAUCAACAUAUAGUCGAUUCAGGUCUUAUGAUGGAGAGUGAACGUAAAAUAUUCGAGCUGAUGGACCAAAAAACGCCAAUGUCAAAAUAUUGGAUGCCUUUAGUAUGGGCGACAAAUAUAAUUAACAGAGCUAGAAAGGAGUCCUUAAUAACCAGCGACCAUAUUGUCCAGACUUUACUCACUGAACUUUCCGACAUUAGAAGAAGAUUAGGUGCUCUCAUAGGCUAUGAUACUGUCAAUGUGCCAUUGGUAUACACACAGGUUGUUUCCUUGGCUUUAUACGUGUAUUUUAUUGCCGCCUUAUUUGGACGUCAAUUUAUACCUUACGCAAAAGAUGUGCCCAAGAAAUUCGAAGAACCAGACAUGUAUUUCCCAUUUUUUACUGCAUUACAGUUUUGUUUUUACAUUGGUUGGUUGAAAGUGGCAGAGGUCCUGAUUAAUCCUUUUGGAGAGGAUGAUGACGACAUCGAACUUAACUGGCUAGUUGACAGGCAUAUAAAGGCCAGCUACAUGAUAGUGGACGAAAUGCACGAAGAGCAUCCGGAACUUUUAAAAGACCAAUACUGGGAAGACGUAGUUCCAAAAGAACUCCCCUACACCGUGGCCUCAGAACACUUUAGAAAGGAAGAACCUAAAGGCAGCGCGGAAAAUUACAAAGUCAAAACAACUGACGCAAUGUACGCCAAUUUGAUGACGCCGCUCAAGAAAACUUUGGUCGACGAUAUGUAUGCCGAUUAUGAAAGUGUGGACACUCCUAUAGUACAAAGACGUAAAAGUUCGAAUUGGUUCUCAAGGCAGAUUUCACGUACGGGGAUGGGUUCUAUACGCUCUGCAUCUACGGCGUAUUCCUCGGGAGGUCUUUUUACAAGACAUCGUGGUAAUUCCGUGUACGCCAAUCCUGAGAAUGGACAGUUACCCGGGAUGCCUUUACAGAAGAUGUCUAUCUAUGAUAGGCUAGUUGGUAGGAGGUCUGGAAGAAACAAGAAUAUGCCUACCAGAAAUCCAAAGUUCAGUGGAGCUGCAGCAAUGCAAGUAAAGAACCGACCGAGGAUACCAACUCCGGAUGUGACCAAGGAGGUAGUGGACCGUGAGAACCGCUUCGUGACAUCUUCGAGCAGCACCCACACCCAGAUUCCAUCAGGCCUCACCCUGAUGCACCCUCAAAUCCCGGCAUCGUACCAAUCGUACCCCGGAGGAGAGCUCCCUCUAGUUCAGGUAGUCCUCUCACCGAUACAAGAGUCAGACGGCACCAACUCCGUAAACAACACCCUGCACGCCAAUCAGCCGGGCACUGCCGCCCUAGCACAGGCUGUCCUAUCGCCGGGGCUAGGCCCCGUGCUCACGGCACCGGUCAGCGUACCCAUGACAGUAACCCAACUAACCUCACUAGGUCUGACCUCGAUGAACAAUAGUCCACUCUUAACGCACACCAGUGUGGCCGCACCAAGAAACCCCGCUUUUAUUCAGGCCUUCGACAUGACCUCUUCGCGGACGCUGACUCUCACGGAGAUGCCUCUCGACGACCAAGAGCACCAACUGAGCAGCAGGCAGAGCGAUGACUCCGGGCAUUCGGAGAUUUCGCAUGUGUCCAAGGAGUCGACGGUCUCUAUAACAUCGAGAAAGUCUUCGGAGGCACCUGACACACCAACGAUUAAGGAGGAAAGUCCCACUUUAACACCCAGUGCGUCAGCGCCGAAUUCUUUGUCUUCACUUGCAGGCCAGGAUCUGUCCAGGAGCAGAAAGGUCUCGGCUGUCUCGACGAGCACGCCUCCAAAGAGAGGGGAGGUUUAUGUUUGAUAGUUAUGGAAUUUUAGGUAGGAACAAUUACUUAAUUUUGGUUGAUUGUGAAGUGCAGAAAGACUGGUAUUGAAAUUCGCAAUGGUAUUGGAAUGUACAGAUUCUCUAUAUAAGAAUCAUGAUCUUGUGAUAUAGUGUAUAUUAUUUUAUUUUGUAAUUAAUAUUUAUAUAUAAAUUAGCAAAACAAAAAAAUAAUUUUAGAUUUGUAAUGAAC